AUGCCGACGCUGCUACACUGGUGUGCUGGAGUGGGCGCGGCCAUAUCCAUCAAAAUCUCAUCAUCAAUUGAUGAUGUCGUGUGGCUGGCCCCGUUCUUGACCAACAACGUCAGCUACUUCUCCAGGCUUAAGAACAUCAGCAUCUAUGUCAUCGUUUGUUGGGUUCAGACCGCACUGGCCAUGUGCAUCGCGUAUUCGGGCAACAAGAUCGUGGAGAUGUUGACCCGGAAUUCCAAAGACGCGUGGUCUUCAGAAAAGAUUUUGACUGUGAUGGCUGGCUCCAUGCUGGCUUUGUACUCCAUCAAAUUGAUCUACGAGUACGCUACAGAGACAGAGGAAGAGGAGCAGGACACCAAGGAAGAUGCAGGUCAAGAGAACAAGUACGCCAAAGUCAGACCUUCUGAUCUGGAGGGCGGCGGUGAGCUAACGCCUGGGCGCAACGAGUCCAGGCAGCUCUAUUCAGCAAGAAAUCGGCCCAUCGAGUCUCCGAACGCAGCUUCGGAUCAGGAGAGGAGGAUGCUGGAUGACAAGGAGUCUGCGCAAACGCAGACCCUCUUUGUCAUUGCCUUCAUCGGCUCUCUGGAUGACCUCACACUUUUUGUGCCCAUGCUCGUCGGGAAAGGGUUCGACUUUGCGCAGCUGACCAUCGGCGCCUUGACGGCUGCUUCGUUGAUUGUCAUCAUUUGCCUGUUCGUCGGUCUCUGUCAACCAGUCGCCGACUGCAUCUCCAGAAUACCCCUCUUCGCAAUAGUUGUAGCUUUUGCCACCCUGCUCUUGGUCAAGUCCUUCACCAUGGAGUGA